CGUAAACACCCGAAUUAAUUAACAAAUCAAAGUCAAAUUCUCUCGCAUUAAUUUUCUCUCUCCCCUUUGCGUUUCAUUUCAUUUCAUUUCAUUCUAGUAGACAACUAAACUUAAACCACCUCGUUUACUACUCUUAAAUAUACACUGAAAACAAAUUCUUCAAACCCACCUGUUCUGUCUGGUAAGCCAUCCUUUUCGAUUCCAUCUGCUGUAGUAUUUAGAUCCCAUCGCAAAAUGUAUUCCGAUUUCAGUUGACUCCGCGGAUUCCACUCAUCAUCUUCUUCCCGCCGGUUGUGAGGGGAGGGAUCAAGAGAGAGGGCAAUCAGAGAUGAGUGAGGGGCAGCAGUUUCAGCUGGGGACCAUCGGGGCGCUGAGUCUGUCCGUGGUUUCAUCGGUAUCGAUUGUCAUUUGCAACAAGGCGCUUAUUAGCACACUUGGUUUCACUUUUGCUACGACUUUGACAAGCUGGCAUCUGCUGGUCACGUUUUGCUCCCUCCAUGUGGCUUUAUGGAUGAAAUUUUUUGAGCACAAGCCUUUUGAUCGAAAUGCUGUGAUGGGCUUUGGCAUCUUGAAUGGGACUUCCAUUGGACUUCUGAAUCUUAGCUUGGGUUUUAACUCUGUUGGCUUCUACCAGAUGACAAAACUGGCAAUUAUUCCCUGCACAGUUCUCUUGGAGACUAUUUUCUUCAGGAAGCAAUUCAGUCGAAAUGUCCAGCUCUCACUUUCCAUCCUACUUUUGGGUGUUGGGAUUGCAACCGUGACUGAUCUGCAGCUCAAUGUCCUGGGAAGUGUCUUGUCUUUGCUUGCAGUUAUCACGACCUGCAUAGCUCAGAUUAUGACCAAUACCAUCCAGAAGAAGUUCAAAGUUUCUUCAACCCAACUCUUGUACCAAUCUUGCCCCUAUCAGGCAAUCACUUUAUUUGUCACUGGCCCAUUUGUAGAUGGGCUUUUGACAGAUAAGAAUGUCUUCUCUUUCCAUUAUACCCCUUUAGUGCUGGGCUUCAUUGUCCUAUCCUGUCUCAUAUCAGUCUCUGUGAACUUCAGUACCUUUCUGGUAAUAGGAAAGACAUCUCCAGUCACCUAUCAGGUCCUGGGACAUCUUAAAACAUGCCUAGUUUUGGGAUUCGGCUAUGUUCUUCUCCGUGACCCGUUCAGCUGGCGUAACAUUCUUGGAAUCCUCAUUGCUGUGGUUGGGAUGGUACUCUAUUCGUAUUGCUGUUCGCUUGAGAGCCAGCAAAAGGCCAGUGAAGCAGCAGCACAACUGAUGCCGGCAAAGGAAAGCGAAUUUGUUCCCCUGAUUGCCGAGGAAACUGGAGCUAGCAUCUUAACUCCGGGCGUCGCUUCAAACAAGGAUCUGCACGCAUGAAGCUUCCUCAAUCUUUAUUGAUUAAUUUACCCCCAGUUGAAGACAUUGAUAGACAAAACUGUUUACAGGCGAUGAAGAUGUCGCUGCUAGAUAUCUACAUGUAUAACACAGCACAGAGUUGGGCUUUUUUAGGAGAGAAACUGUUUUUGGUUGUUUGCCAAAGUUGAAGGAAACGACUCUCGUUAUACUAGCAGUUUUGGAUAUUACGUUUGUAAGAGUAAAGGUCUGCCAACAUAUGUUUACUGCCGAUAAGUUAUUAUUGUGGACGGUUACACAGUCUCAUUUUUUAAAGAAUGGGAUACGUAGACAUACAGUCUUGAAAAUUAACUUCUAUCCAGUCCAGA